UCUUGGGGGAAAGACGCCAGGGUCGGUUCCGACACUGACGGCGCACCCCAUGGCCGACUGGGUCGGGUCGUGCUCUGCGGGCCGCAAAGCCCGGCGUCCCCGGGCCCCCCGAGACGUCGCAGGUACCAAGCAGACAAGUGCCUUGAACCAAGAAGAUGCUUCUCAAAGGAAAGCAGAACUAGAAGCAGCUAUCAGAAAGAAGAUUGAGUUUGAGAGAAAAGCUCUACAUAUUGUGGAACAGCUUUUAGAAGAGAAUAUUUCAGCAGAAUUCCUAAGGGAGUGUGGGAAAUUCAUCACACCUGCUCACUAUAGUGAUGUCGUGGAUGAGCGUUCUAUUAUCAAACUCUGUGGCUAUCCUUUAUGUCAGAACAAGCUAGGAAUUGUACCAAAACAGAAAUACAAAAUUUCUACCAAAGCUAAUAAAGUCUAUGAUAUUACUGAAAGAAAGUGUUUUUGCAGCAAUUUUUGUUAUAAAGCAUCUAAAUUUUUUGAAGCACAAAUUCCUAAAAGUCCAGUGUGGGUUCGCGAGGAAGAAAGACAUCCUGAUUUUCAGCUGCUACAGGAAGGACAAAGUGGUCCUUCUGGAGAAGAAAUACAGUUAUGCAGCAAAGCCAUUAAAACAUCAGAUAUUGACAGUCCUGGCCAUUUUGAGAAGCAUUAUGAAUCUAGUUCUUCUAGCACUCAUAGUGAUAGUAGCAGUGAUAAUGAGCAAGACUUUGUUUCCUCCAUUCUACCAGGAAACAGACCAAAUGCAACGAGUAUAAGGCCACAGCUGCACAAAAAAAGCAUAAUGAAAAAGAAAGCUGGUCAAAAAGUUAACUCUCAACAUGAAAGCAAAGAGCAAGCAGUAGUAGAUGUCAUUGAGCAGUUAGGCAAUUGCAGAUUAGAUAAUCGGGAGAAAGCUACGGCUUGUGAACUUCCUUUACAGAAUGUAAAUACACAGAUUUCUUCAAAUAGUUCUCUGCAAGAAAAAUUAGAAGCUUCAGAAAUUUCUGAUAUUAAAUACAGUAGUUCAAAAGUAACUCUUGUAGGCAUAAGUAAGAAAAGUGCUGAGCAUUUUAAGAGGAAAUUUGCCAAAUCAAACCAAGUUUCUGGGUCAGCUUCCAGUUCAUUGCAGGUGUGCCCUGAAAUUGCAAAGGCAAACUUACUUAAAACCCUGAAGGAGACUUUGAUUGAGUGGAAGACAGAAGAAACUUUGAGGUUUUUGUAUGGCCAGAAUUAUGCAUCUGUAUGUCUAAAAUCCUCCUCAACCCCUCUGGUUAAAGAACUUGAUGAAGAUGAUACAAACUCUGACCCAGAUAGUCAUCCCCCUGCCUUGCAGGAGUUGAACAGCUUGGAUGAGUCUUUACAAUUUAGAGCCUCAGAUACAGCCAUUAAACCACUGCCAAGUUAUGAGAACUUGAAAAAAGAAACUGAAACAUUAAAUUUAAGGAUCAGGGAGUUUUAUAGAGGACGAUAUGUUUUGAAUGAAGAAACUACCAAAUCACAAGACUCAGAAGAGCAUGAUCCCACCUUUCCACUGAUAGAUUCAAGUUCUCAGAACCAGAUCAGAAAACGCAUCGUACUUGAAAAACUGAAUAAAGUAUUGCCUGGACUUUUGGGACCUCUUCAGAUUACAUUAGGAGAUAUUUACACACAACUUAAAAAUCUUGUCCAGACUUUCAGAUUAACAAAUAGAAAUAUUAUACAUAAACCUGCAGAGUGGACCUUAAUUGCUUUGGUGUUGCUGUCAAUACUGACCUCAACUCUUGGCAUUCAGAAGCUUUCUCAGGAAAAUGUGAUGUUUACACAGUUCAUGACCACCCUGCUUGAAGAACUGAAUUUAAAAAAUGAAGACCUUGAAAGUUUAACCAUCAUAUUUAGAACCAGCUGUUAACCAGAAUGGGAGCGCAGAUUCCAUCUCUGCCCGGGGAAUGAACAUCCCACGUGCCACAGGGUAGCUAAGUCCACUUGCCACAACCAGAGAAGCCUGCACACCACAAUGAAGACCCAAAACAGCCAGGAAAAAGAAAAAAAAAAAAAAAUGUAGAUACUAUCCCUUCCAGGAGGUAGAGUUAGAGAUUCUUAAACUCAGCAACUUGCUCCCAAUGAACAGCACAGGGACAGGAAGAACACCUUUCCCGAAUGAUGAAAGCCCACAUCCCCAGUGACGCCAUGUGCAUGUGUCGCCCUGACAUAUAUGACAAAAAGGGCACUUCACCUCUGUGGUGGUCUUACCCUAAAAACAACCUCAGUCUAACCAUGAGAAAAAACAAAUCAAGCUGAGGGGACAUUUCUGCAGGAAAUUUUGUGAAUACCUCAAGACAGUCAUGAAAAACAAGGAAAGAAUAAAAUGUCACAUUCUAGGGGAGCCAUGUAAACCAAAUGCAGUGUAGUGUCAUGGUCUGAACCGGAACAGGAAGAAGACAUUAAUGAAAAAACUGGUGAAAUCCAAAUACAGUCUGAAGUUUAAUUAAUAGCAACAAACCAAGGCAGUUUCUUAAUUUUAACAAAUGUAUCAUGGAAAUAUAAAAUGUAAACAAUGGGAGAAAUUGGGUGAGGGGUAAGCAGGAACUCUGUACUAUCUUUGCCACUUUCUAGAAAUCUAAAAUUAUUUCAAAAUAAAAAGUUUAUCUUUUAAAAGAUACUAACUGGAUAUGAGAAGGGAUGCAAACAUGAGACAGUCACUGCCCUCAGAAUCUUCAGCCUGCCUAUGGGAAAGGCAAGACUACAGUAAAUGACCUGAAGAGGAACAUCCAUCCUAGCAUGCCUGGGAUAGUCCCGAGUAUAUAAAUGUAAGCUCAGCAUCAUUUUUAAUUACAAGUACCCUCUUUUACUUCCAAAAGUAUUCUGAUUUAGACAUUAAAUUAUAUGAUAUUACCACCUAAAAGGCACAGGGUAUGCUGUGGUGGUAGGAGGGGACAUUUGUGAUGGCAUGGAAGAAUGGAUGGGAGUUAUGAAGUGGAGAGAGAAGUCAGAGAGCUAGGAAGGGAUGGAGGGUAUGGUCCAGGCAGAGGCAGCUUCAAGAAGAAAUUCCCAGAGGUAGAUAAGACCCAGGGUGUGUUCUUUUCAAGACAAAGGCAUCUGAAAUGAGAGAAAACUCUGAGGAAAUUGGCAAACAUGAUUAAAAAGAAAGGAUCAACUACAGUUUUGUUUCAGUUCAGUUCAGUCACUCAGUCAUGUCCGACUCUUUGCAACCCCAUGGACUGUAGCACUCCAGGCUUCCCUGUCCAUCACCAAAUCCCACAGCCUACUCAAACUCAUGUCCAUUGCAUUGGUGAUGCCAUCCAACCAUCUCAUCCUCUGUUGUCCCCUUCUGCUCCUGCCUUCGAUCUUUCCCAGCAUCAGGGUCUUUACCAGUGAGUCGGUUCUUUGCAUCAAGUGGCCAAAGUAUUGGAGUUUCAGCUUCAGCAUCAGUCAUUCCAAUGAAUAUUUAGGACUGCUUUCCUUUAGGACAGACUGGUUGGAUCCCCUUGCUGUCCAAGGGACUCUCAAGAGUCUUCUCCAACACCACAGUUCAAAAGCAUCAAUUCUUCGGCGCUCAGCUUUCUUUAUAGUCCAACUCUCACAUCCAUACAUGACUACUGGAAAAACCAUAGCUUGGACUAGACGAACCUUUGUUGGUAAGGUAAUAUCUCUGCUUGGUCAUAGCUUUUCUUCCAAGGAGCAAGCGUCUUUUAAUUUCAUGGCUGCAGUCACCAUCUGCAGUGAUUUUGGAGCCCAAGAAAAUAAAGUCAGCCCCUGUUUCCACUGUUUCCCCAUCUAUUUGCCAUGAAGUGAUGGGACUGGAUACCAUGAUCCUAGCUUUCUGAAUAUUGAGUUUUAAGCCAACUUUUUCACUCUCCUCUUUCACUUUCAUUAAAAGGCUCUUUAGUUCUUCUUCACUUUCUGCCCUAAGGGUGGUGUCAUCUGCAUAUCUGAGGUUAUUGAUAUUUCUCCUGGCAAUCUUGAUUCCAGCUUAUGCUUCAUCCAGCCUGGCAUUUCGCAUGAUGUUCAGUUCAGUUCAGUCGCUCAGUCCUGUCAUGUACUCUGCAUAUAAGUUAAGUAAGCAGGCUGACAAAAUACAGCCUUGACGUACUCCUUUCCCGAUUUGGAACCAGUCUGUCGUUUCAUGUCCAGUUCUAACUGUUGCUGCUUGACCUACAUACAGAUUUCUCAGGAAGCAGGUCAGGUGGUCUGGUAUCCCCAUCUUUUGAAGAAUUUUCCACAGUUUGUUGUGAUCCACACAGUCAAAGGCUUUGGCAUAGUCAAUAAAGCAGAUGUUUUUCUGGAACUCUCUUGCUUUUUUGAUGAUCCAGCGGAUGUUGACAAUUUGAUCUCUGCUUCCUCUGCCUUUUCUAAAACCAGCUUGAACAUCUGGAAGUUCAUGGUUCACGUACUGUUGAAGGCUGGCUUGGAGACUUUUGAGCAUUACUUUGCUAGCGUGUGAGAUGAGUGCAAUUGUGUGGUAGUUUGAGCAUUCUUUGGCAUUGCCUUCCUUUGGGAUUGGAAUGAAAACGGACCUUUUCCAGUCCUGUGGCCACUGCUGGGUUUUCCAGAUUUGCUGGCAUAUUGAGUGCAGCACUUUCACAGCAUCAUCUUUCAGGAUUUGAAAUAGCUCAACUGGAAUUCCAUCACCUCCACAACCAUUGUUCAUAGUGAUGCUUCCUAAGGCCCACUUGACUUCACAUUCCACGAUGUCUGGCUCUAGGUGAGUGAUCAUACUAUCAUGGUUAUCUGGGUCGUGAAGAUCUUUUUUGUAUAGUUCUUCUGUGUAUUCUUGCCACCUCUUCUUAAUAUCAUCUGCUUCUUUUAGGUCCAUACCAUUUCUGUCCUUUAUUGAGCCCAUGUUUGCAUGAAAUAUUCCCCUGGUAUCUCUAAUUUUCUUGAGGACAUCUCUAGUCUUUCCCAUUCUAUUGUUUUCCUCUAUUUAUUUCCAUUGAUCACUGAGGAAGGCUUUCUUAUCUCUCCUUGCUAUUCGUUGGAAAUCUGCAUUUAAAUGGGUAUAUCUUUCCUCUUCUCCUUUGCCUUUAGCAUCUCUUCUUUUCUCAGCUAUUUGUAAGGCCUCCUCAGACAACCGUUUUGCCUUUUUGCUUUCUUUCUCUUGGGGAUGGUCUUGAUCACUGCCUCCUGUACAAUGUCAUGAACCUCCAUCCAUAGUUCUUCAGGCACUCUGUCAGAUCUAAUCCCUUGACUCUAUUUGUCACUUCCACUGUAUAAUCGUAAGGGAUUUGAUUUAGGUCAUACCUGAAUGGCCUAGUGGUUUCCCCUAUGUUCUUCAAUUUAAGUCUGAAUUUGGCAAUAAGCAGUUCAUGAUCUGAGCAACAGUCAGCUCUCAGUCUUGUUUUUGCUGACUGUAUAGAGCCUCUCCAUCUUUGGCUGCAAGAAUAUAAUCAGUCUGAUUUCGGUAUUGGCCAUCUGGUAAUGUCCAUGUGUAGAGUCUUCUCUUGUGUUGUUGGAAGAAGGUGUUUGCUAUGACCAAUGUGUUCUCUUGGCAGAACUCUAUCAGCCUUUGACCUGCUUUGUUUUGUACUCCAAGGCCAAAUUUGCCUGUUUCUCCAGGUAGCUCAACUUCCUACUUUUGCAUUCCAGUUCUCUGUAAUGAAGAGGACAUAUUUUGGGGUUGUUAGUUCUAGAAGGUCUUGUAGGUCUUCAUAGAACCAUUCAACUUCAGCUUCUUCAGCAUUACUGGUUGGGGCAUAGACUUGGAUUACCAUGAUAUUGAAUGGUUUGCCUUGGAAACAAAGAGAGAUCAUUCUAUCAUUUUUGAGAUUGCAUCCAGGUACUGCAUUUAGGACUCUUUUGUUGACUAUGAUGGCUAUUCCAUUUCUUCUAAGGGAUUCUUGCCCACAGUAGUAGGUAUAUAAUGGUCAUCUGAGUUAAAUUCACCCAUUCCAGUUCCUCUUAGUUCACUGAUUCCUAAAAUGUCGAUGUUCACUCUUGCCAUCUCCUAUUUGACCUCUUCUAAUUUGUCUUGAUUCAUGGACCUAACAUUCCAGGUUCCUAUGCAAUAUUGCUCUUUACAGCAUCAGACCUUACUUCCAUCCCUUGUCACAUCUACAACUGGGUGGUGUUUUUGCUUCUGCUCCGUCUCUUCAUUCUUUCUGGAGUUAUUUCUCUACUCUUCUCCAAUAGCUACUGGGCAUCUACCGACCUGGGGAGUUCAUCUUUCAGUGUCAUACCUUUUUGCUUUUUCAUACUGUUCAUGGGGUUCUCAAGGCAAGAAUACUGAAGUGGUUUGCCAUUCCCUUCUCCAGUGGACCAACUGUCCACCAUGACCCAUCCAGGCUAAAUGAACUAGCAUUGUUGGGGCAGUAAUUUAUUUUCAAGCACAGAGGAGGGAAAGUGAGCAAACCACCCUACAAAUGAAAAACUUAUAAAAUUAAUUUUCUUAAGAAAGAUCCUUUUUUUUUGCCCUUGCAUAUCUAUUCUUUGCCUAACUUUUCCUGUACUGUCUCUAGGCCCUUUGACACACACUGAGUUGCAGCUCACCUAAUCUAACUCUAAAAUGUAUUGUGAGACCCCUCUAAACACUCCAUUAACUAGGCUCUCAACCAACACAAGAUUGAGCAGCUGCUUCCCUAGGCCUUGGGUGUCUGACCCAAUCUGUGUUUCAGUCAUGUGCUCUGCUGACUCAGAGCACACCCUGGUCUUCUCUCCAGAACACAACUCCUUGACCCCAUCUGGCAUUCUUCAUUAUUGAAGUGUUACUUCAAUAAGGCAUAACCCCCAGGUUUUCAUAUGAACUCUGAAUUUCAAAGAACAGAAAGGAGUAUUUUACAAAAUCCCUGUUACUCUUUCAGUGAAAAUUUGAAUUCUCAAUAGCUUUUACUCUGAAAAGUAAACAGUAUGAUUCAGUUUCACUUUCUAUUAAAGUACUUCAGCAACUAGCCCAUAUGCUGUUAUAGUCAGAGAAUGGUGACUUUUUAAAAAAUCUUUCCCUUUGAAUAAUUCCAUUCCCUUCGUACACUCAAACACUUAAAAUCCUCACUAGGCUUAAUAUAUUUAGUGGAAUCUCUAUAAGGUAUUAUUUAGCAUCUUCUCCUUACAGUCAUGUCCAAAAACUAGGUAAUUUUCCUACUCAUUAGGGAACAGGGUCCAUUCUCUAUAAAGAUUUACCUAAACUCAAGGAAAGUGAUACCAUUGUGAAGUUUUAAAAUCUUUAAGAGUUUCACAUUAUAAGCCCUGGUAGAAAAACAGGAGGUAGGAUGUCUAGAAGGCCAUCUCUGCUGGGCUGAAGGUGGAGUGAGGAGCAGGGGUGACUUUCAUCUGAAAUGUGCCUAGAAAGGGCUGAGUGAGGUUGAAACAGGUUCCUGGGGGCCUCUGAUGUCCAGGUUCUCUUCUUAAUGCAGUACCACCUAGAGCUAAGAGAUAUGGAACAGUGACUGUAUAGGGACGACCAAUGUGAAUGUUGAUGAAAUGUGUUCUUCUUCAAUAAAGCUUGUUUUCUGUGGGAAUUCCACAGAAUUCUGUGGGAAUUGUAUCCUUUUCCAAAUUAAAAUAGCAAAACAGGAACUUCGGUAAAACCUCAGCCAUCCAGCUCUCUGCUCUCCAAAUUUUCAAGCCUUUGCAUCUCCUACCUUCAGCAAAAACACUUGUGUUUCGGAAAACUGAUUGCCAGUGAAGCAGCAAGGAGGUGGAACUGGAUCACAGUACCUUUAGCUGAAAGCAGUGGCACCAAGCUCUUCCCUCCAAAGGAGCCUGCCUCGCCUCUGGUGGACCCAUGGAGGAAAGCCUGCUUCAAGGUGCUAGUUUUCAGUUUGCUUCCCAGCACCUCUGCAGUCAUAACUAAAGCAAAGGAGAAUAUUGCAUGACUUCAGAAGAAAGUCAGCCACCUUGCAACAUCUUCAGGAAAUUCUGCACUCCCCUAGGGCUUGCAAAACUCCCUAUGUCUUGCAGACCAAAGGCAAGAUCUCAGUCGCCUAGCUCUAGUUUGCAUAAAUAAAGAAAGUGGAAGCUGGUUAUUUUCUGGGUGACCCUUGACUCAACCAAGCUUAUAGAGCCUAUCACAAAAAUAAGACAGCAUAAACUGAAGUGUUGUAGCAGUGAAAACUUUUAUUAUUUACAUGGGCAGGAAAAGCCAGGUCCCUGGAUAGAUACCCAUCUGAGCCCUGACCUGCUAGGGUCAUACAGCCAAGACAGUGUUCACUUAACUAUAAUGUUAUUCUUUUGAGUUGGCAUACAAACAACAAAAUUUCAUAUAAUAAUUUGUAAGACAUUUCAGAGAAACGGAGUACUAAUAUCUUCUACUGUACCAUCUAUCUCCAUUUUUCAUAUGCAAAGCAUAGCCAAUGAUUUGUUAACUCACUCCCUCCCACAUUCUUACCUCUUUAUUUUCUUCCUCCCAUUAUCCUAUUAAUGUAUUAUCCAUCUUUGGGGGAAAAAAUUAAAACUGAAUUUUAAAACUGCAUUCGAUAUGGCCACAUGGUAGGGGAGAGAGUCCACCUUCAGAAGUCAAGCAGCUCUACCUCUUUUCCGCAGCAGGCAUCCAGAUAGAUUUCCUUUGCCAGAGUCUUGCAACUUGGGAAAAGGAUAUGAAAAGCCCUGCUGCUGCUGCUAAGUCGCUUCAGUCGUGUCCAACUCUGUGCGACCCCAUAGCUGGCAGCCCACCAGGCUCCUCUGUCCCUGGGAUUCUCCAGGCAAGAAUACUGGAGUGGGUUGAAAAGCGCUGGGCUGGUCUAAGUCCCUGACUAUAAGAAAGCACAAGACCCAGAGUUGACACAAGUUCAAGCCACUUUUAGCAGAGAGAUUGCUAGAAACCAGGUUUCAAACUCAUAGUCUAUGGCAACAAAAAAGCUCAAUGAGCUUUGAAGAGAGAGACAGGAGCACAAAAUAGGACUCUGAAUCAAAACCCACCUGGGAUCAGGGCAGCCACCCUGUCUGGGUGAGCUAAACUGAGAUUCCUCCACCUCCACCCCCACUUCCGUUUUAGAACAAGGGUCACUGCCACACAGAGAGCUGAACUUGUAGACAGGGUUUGGAUUUGAGUCAGAACAAUUUGGUUUUAAGGCUCAGAUAUUUCUGUUUGAAGCAUCCAGGCUUGGUUAGAGGUUAAAAGAUCAUGGGGCCACCAGCAGCCCUUGGUUUUCUAGAGUUUGGGAAAACAGCUCAGUUUCAUUAGAAAUUUCUCGGGGAAAACCUCUAGGACAGAGAAGGAAUGUUUACUAAGUGGAAGAAGCAGCAUUUGCUGACGACCUUUCUAACCCAUUUCUGAGAGUUUCAACUCAAUAAACCAGCAAACACAUGUAU